AGUGUUUAUUUUGAGAUAUUUCGUUACUUCGUAUAAUUUUAUUGCCUAGUUCUGUCCUACAGAUAUGUCGUCUGGGGACAGCAGUUCACAACAUAGAGAGAGUUUAAUGCAUGAGAUCAAUGCAUUAUUUGCUCCGCCAACAAAUGAAUCAUACGGUAAAAAGGGUUCACUCGGUAUUCCUUCUUUUCGUCGGGCAAGAAAAAAUAAUGAAUCAACGACAAACAGUUCGGAGACGAAUAGUUCCAGUUUAGAGCACUACCAACUACCAAAUACAUCUGCAAAAAACGAUCCAUUUUGGAGGAAACCUCGUGCCAAUUGUCAUGAAUAUUGUGAUAGUUGUGGCUGUAUUGAAGGCGAAAGACUUGUCUGCGAUCGAUGUCCAGCCAGUUUUCACCUUGAAUGUCUUGAUCCACCAUUAGAUCCGGAUGAAGCACCUGUUGGUGUCUGGUUUUGUCAUCGAUGUUCAAUGGUGUUGAAAGAUGAAGAAGAUAAAACUUCAACAUCAAGUAGUCAGACAACUAUAGCCACAGAUACAGGUUCUUCACGUUCUGGCAAAAGUGGACACAAACGCCAAGAUCAAGCAUCAUCAUCAUCAUCGGUUGGAACUGCAACAGCAGCAACAGUUGGACCAUCGAAUUCCACUUCUACGUCUUCCAUCAGUAAUAACAACAAUAAUAAUAGUCAUUCUCAUCAACAAACUCCACUGCAACAAUUUAUCCAAUCACAAACCAGCAGACGUCAUUAUACAUUCCGUUCGACAUCUAACGAAAACUAUUGUUUGGAUAUGAAUAAACUAUCAAGUAGUCGUUCUAGUACUUGGGGUGAUUCAGCUUAUGUUGCUGAUAUCGAAGAAUCUGAGCUAAGAGCAUUAUGGAAAGUAAUUGAAUAUGCAAAAUAUCAAAACCCAAAAGAAUAUGAUCUACCGAAAGACUUAUUACCUGGUGUUAAACUUCCUGGUUCAUAUAAAACACCAACAGAACGCAAAAAUAAAAGUAUCAUCGAAUUAGAGAAUGGUCUUAUUCCACAACCUGUAAGACGUUGUUAUGUUUGUGUUCGAACAUGUUUCUAUGCUCCAUUGUUACCAUGUGAUUAUUGUUCAGCAUGCUUUCAUUUAGAAUGUUUAAAUCCACCAUUAUCUCAUUAUCCACCACGUUCAGAUCGUUGGAUGUGUCCAAAUCAUACAGAGCAUACAACUGAACGUUAUUUAGCUCGUUCAAUACGACUCACUGAACGUAUGCAAAUUUGGACUAAAUUAUAUUCAUUAAGUAAUGAGAAUAGUAAUGGUGAACAACAAUCUAUUGAUGAAGUGGAUGAAAUAACAAAAAUACUUGAACAUAUACCGCCAUAUGAAUUAACUUAUACACCAGAUGAAGAAAGUUCCAUCCUUUCUGAUUUAAUGCGUACUAUUCAACGAAGUAGAAAUGAACAACAACAGUAUCAGCUGUCGUCGUCAGACUUAUCCAAUACAGCAAUGUCAAGUAUUUUCGAUUCCAUAUUAUAUACUACUAAUAAUGCUACUACUAUCAAAGAUAAACAACAUAUAUUGUCCAGUCGUCAUUUAUGGCGUUUAAAUCGUGAAUUAGCAGCAAAAUCUAGAAAUAAUCAUAAUUAUUAUAGUAAACAGAUAAGAAUUGUGGUACCGAAAGCAGUUAAAUAUUUAUAUAAUAAUCCAGUGAAACGAAUCCCACGUGUUAACGAAUCAUCAAAUAUAUGUCAAUUAACAAAUUUACUGGAUGAAUGCAGUACAGAUGAUAAGAGUAUAUUUGUUCGUGGCCUUUUACAAUUUUAUUUACAAAAUACAUUAAAAUUACUUUCACCAUCAUCAAAUCUAAUACAAACAGAUAACAGUACAACGGCUACUGAUACUAGUUCGACUAUUGUCACUACUCAUUCAACAACUUUGUCAACUUCAUCGUUUGAGGCAACUCCUGUUACUGUCACAACAACAACAACAGCUAUUGACGACCUCCUCAAUAAUGAUAAUAAUGAUAAUACAUCCAGUUCAUUCGUAAUAGAUAACAAGACCACGGAUGCGUUGAAACUAACUACAGAUUCAAUUGGAAUGGAUAUUAACAACAGUUUAUCAACACUGUCAUACAAUACAGGAGAGUUAUCUAAAGAUCCUUCCUUUAUUCAUGAUAAUAAUGAAGAUUUGUGUCAUUCCUUGGAACAAUGGAAUACAACAGUUAUGAAUAAAUUGAAUGAUAUAACUGAUGAUAAUAGUAUACCUUCUAAAUUGGCUCGUUUAGAUCCUCAAUUGUUGUAUACAUUAGCAGUCCAACGUCUUUAUGAACUCUUAGAUGUUAACAAUCAAAAUUCUAUUUUAUCUAAUCAAAACAAUAUUGAACAGAAUAGUUGUAAAAGAAAGAAAGAUUCUUCUAAAGCAUUAAAUAUUCCUGAAAGUUGUAUUCGUGCAAGAGCUGUCUUAACACCUUGUGAUGGAACGAAUGGAUAUGAAACUCGAAUGCAUUAUAGGCAAUUAACUGUUGGUACAUCACCAGAUUGUCAUUUAUGUUUAGCUAAUUAUAAUUUAUCUUCAACAUAUAAUAAUAAUGAUAAAUGUUCAUUUAUAUCACCACAUCAUGCUACAAUAUUCUAUGAUGAUUGGACCCAACAUUAUGAAUUAAUUAAUUAUAGUGAAUAUGGUACAUGUGUAGAUGGUAUUAUCUAUGGAAAUGAUAUAGAAAAGAAGUUGAUUUAUAUACCAGAAGUAAGUUCAUCCUAUUCUUUGAUUCAAUAAAACUAUCCUAAGGAUGAUGAUUUAUUUGAUCUAAAGAUCUGAUUCACAAAGCAAUGGAGCAUCGUAAGGAGAUGCAGUCCUAAUGGUAGACGGUGACGAACGAUUGGUUCAUACGCUAUUUGUUCCUUCUGGAUUCUGGAGCCUAUGGGCACCAUUGAUUUGGAAUCAGGGUUAUUCAACUCCCCUAGGUGGAAUUUGCGUGUCCACGAACCCGGUUAAAACGCAGGACAUUUGCUUUUUGUCCUCUCACUUUCGUGAACAACACUCCUGCCACGAGAAGGCAGUGAGUUGGACUUCCCUGGCAUAGGCUAUAUACGCGUGGCCAUGUUAGAGCAUUUUUCGAUGGAGAGCGUACUCUUCCUACUUUCGUCUGUAUCAGAGCAUUUGGGGGCAAUGAUGAUGAAACUGUAAUCAAAUUAAGAAUAAUAGGUCUUGGAUGUCUGCGUGAAAUUCAUUUAUCCAUUUGGCUAAAUAGAAUGUUGACAUUAUAGCUGAUGUCAGUUAGUGAUAAAAACCCUAACUUCAUAUUGGUUUAUAUUUCACUUUUUAAUUUUCAAAUCAAUAACCUCUUGAGUAAUCGUACAUUUAUAGUGAAGGAGAACACAAAUGGGGACAAUCGAAUGUAUUUGAAUACAAAAAUUCAGAACAUCUUAGUAAAAUUUGAGAACCAUACAGCACCAUUUCCCUCAGGAUUACAGGUACACCUUGCUGACGAGUGCCAAGUAGCACGACACCCGGGUCCAGGGUUUCCUGUUGACUACCUCCAACCACCAUCUUAUCCCAACAUAAUGCAGGCAGUGUCAAGCCACCUAGACUAGUGACCACAUUAUAACUUGAUCGAUGACAUUCGAUCAUCACUAAGAAGGACUUGACACGCAUGACAUUGAUCAUCACCCAGUGACCAAUCAACUGUAAGUAAAUACUUUAUUUGCAAAGUAUCAGUCAAUCGUCACAGUCUUCACCGCUCCUGCAUUUCCAUACCAAUUACCUUCUGCUUCCGGACAUUCUAUUCCUGACCAGUGUUAUAUACUACUUAUGAUAAAGCAUUAAAAAUAAAUAAAUUAAAUAGAAAUUUUGUAGUUAGAACAAUAUAAGAAUGAUACGACAGAGAAGAUUUGUAUUUCAGGUAGAGUCUUGUUCUGUAAAAGUUGGACAGUUUGAUCGUGAAGCUUUCAUUGUUCUUCUGAACAACAUCGAUAAGGUGAUGAAUCUUCAUCGACUGAGAUGGUUAGGCCACGUGUUACGUAUGCCUAAACACCGAUUACCACGACGCGCUAUGCCGACUAGUGUAGGGGGUGGUUGGAAGAGAGUUAGGGGUGGCCAAACCAAAAAGUGGCAUCAGUGCUUGAAGUCACUAACUUAUAGUCUGAGCCAUUUUGGCAGAUGCAGACUACCUGAUUGAGGUCCGCGUGACUAUCGUAACCAAUGGUUGGAGACUCUAGGUAACAUGGCUCAGAAUGGAUCACAAUGUCGUAGGUGUAUACACUCUUUAUCUUCCCUUAAACCUUAAGAUUAAAAUUUCUUCAUAACGUUCUUCCUUCCUAUACUAUAUCCUUAUAUACAACCUAUCUUUUAUAUACUACCAUCACUGAAUUAACUACUUCUAUGAAUUCGGUUUUCAUCUUAUUGUGCUAACGAGGUAUGGCAACUUGGAUCGAUGCAUAAAUGUUCCAGGUCCUACGUUGUAGCUGACUGACUGAACAACUACUACCGGGUUGAAAGUUAUAGUACUUUUAUCACUUAUCCAUCUCUAUCUUGCGAUGAAUCUAUUUAUCUGAAAUCAAUUAUUUAACCACAAUAGUCUAUAGUUUUUAUUGUUUUUGACAUUAGAAUAAAUAAGGUCUCGAGGAAACAAGGAAUACUCAUUCAAUCAGCUAGCCAGAGAUGAUGUAGAACCUGGUACAUGUAUGCAUAAGAUCGAUUUUCAACAACGAAUCAACACAUCUAGGUGAUAUUAUCAAACGGGAUAUCGGAGUAGUAGUAGUCGUAGUCGUAGUAGUAAUUGUUAUGUUUUUGACCUAGGCUGUAGCCAAUUGUUAUGACUUGAUCAAGGUCGUCGUUGAUUCGUUAUGACCUUACGAAUUUAACAAGGACGUAAUCCGCGUAAAUUAUCCACCAAUAGAAUGCGACUUCUACGACCUUCACACUGUGACAAUGACGUUCGAUUAAUAUGAGUAAUCUAGCGUCCUUAUUGGUCCUUAUCCGCCUAACCCGUCCACUUGAGUCCAGAACACCAAUAGCAGCCUCGGCAAUACGAAUCGUUUAUUUCAAGCAUACUUUGUUUAUAUAUCAGACAGGCAGGCCACAUCAUACCAUAAAAUAGAAAAUAAUAUUUGUACAAAACCAAGCCAAAUGAGGCUGUAAGCGUGGGAGACAAUAAUCAAUAAACUGAGUAUAACUUAGGAACAGUAAAUCAUACAAUAAUAAUCAAUAGGUCAAAAUGAAGUUUAUAAUAAGAUGAAUAUAGAUAUAGAUAAUCUAGUUACUGAAUAGUUAUACAAUAAGAAUGAUAGUCCAAUAGUAGGCCCUGCAGGUUACCCGUACUUAUGUCUUCGCUACUGCAUAACAGUAAUAUCAGUGACAAUAAAAGAAAUAGACAUAGAGAAUACGAUUCAAGAAGAAAGAGUUCAUUCGCCAAACAACAUAUAUAGAAUGAUUUCACUUUUCAGGAUCUAAGCGAUGACAAAUAGUGAAUACAUUUGAACCACCAAAUGUUUCCAUCCACUGAUCCCAGUUAUUGUGUGAACCUCAAUCAGGUAAUUUGCAUCUACCUACCAACAUAGUCCAGUCCAGCAGUAAAUAGAUCAGUGAACUGAUUCUACGUCUUGGUUUGGCCACCAUUAGGAAUGGGACCUGUUGAUACUAUUGAUUAGUUAAUUAAUGUCAUUUGUGUUCUACUUUAUAGUCUUAGAUCUGUUUAACGUUCAAUUACUGCUCUCCGUCUUUCUCUCUCUCUCUCCAUACACAAACUCAUUUUUAGUCUUCCGAUCUUGUUCAACGAGUACGUAAUCUCAUAAAAACUGCUCCUAAAGAAUUAUCACCAAAUUAUCAAACAUCAUCGGUAAUUUCAGAACUAUGUGCUUCACCGCCAAAACGUCUAAUGAAAAUGUUGAGUAAACGACAUGAAGAUUUAUCACAUAUGACAUCCAUGUGUGAUUGUACAAGUUUACAUUUUGGUCGAAAUGACAAAUCUCAGAAUCUAUUCAAUGACAAUACUGAUAUAUCAGAUAAAACGGAUUCCUCAGAUCUAAUCAAUGGUUGGGAAGGUCCUGCUAUAUUAAGACAUGGUUCAGUAAUACAAUUUGGUUGUUAUAAAUUUGUCUUCGGUUUAAUUAAUCAUUCUUUACCUUCAUAUUCAUCGUCAACAACGACAACGGCAACAAUGACGUCGAAUUGUUCAACAUCAUCUUCUCAUGAAACACAAAUAGUACUACUUACAAAUUCUUUAUCAGUAACAAAUAAUAACAAUCUACUUGUUCAUUAAGUUUUUAUUAAAAUGACAAACCAAAAAGGG